AUGGCUCACCGCAUCGUCACCCAAGUCGUUGUUACCGGAGCCCGGGUCUUCGGCCGCGCCUUCGCCGAAGCCUACAAGCAAGCCCAGGCUUCUGGUAAAUACGCUGCGCAGAAGCAGGGCGGCGGCAGCAGCUUUUCCUCCUCCGGCCUGACCCUCGAUGAGGCCUGCAAGAUCCUCAACGUCAAGCCCCCGGUCGCCGGCGAACAAAACAUCGAACACGUUAUGGAGCGAUUCAAGAAGCUUUUCGACCUCAACGAUCCCCAGAAGGGCGGCAGUUUCUACCUGCAAAGUAAGAUUCUGCGCGCGCGCGAGCGUAUAGAGAUGGAGGUUCGAACUGCCCAGCGCCAGGCCGCUACAGAGAAGGAAUUGAAAGAGGGCUGGAAGCCCAAGGUCUAUAAGGACCGGUGA